CCCCUUUUUCAUCUCCUCCCCCGUUUCACAAUCUCCCCUCGAAUCUGCAUCUUCUCCAAUUCUCUCUCUCUCUCUCUCUCUCUGGUUGAAUUCUCCCAUUCGUUCAAAGAGCUUGCGGCAGCUUAUUAAUCCCAUUUGCAGUAUUCCAAUUCAGUAAGCUACGUUUGUGGGGCAUUCGAUUCCGCCAGAUUUCGCCUUUCUUCAUUGCAUUUCUUAGGGUUUCCUCUUUCUUCUUUCAUUUGUUUCUGUUCCUUUUGAUUUCCAUUCUGUUCUCAUCUUCUUCCUUCGUUUUGUUGAUCUGAAGAAAAAAAAAUUUUAAAAAUUUUAAAAAAUUUUAAAAAAUUAAAAAAGAUAAAUUAUUGUAGUGUGUGAUUGUUUUUUCUUUCUUUCUUUCUGGGUAUAUUUUGGUGUCGUUGUUUCCUUAGUAGUUCCCCUUUUGUUCAUUCACCUGUGUUUCGAUCUGGGUUUACCUUAUCAUCGAGAGAAAACUCCGUGAAAUUUUGGUGUGCUGUGUUUUUUUUUGCUAUCCGAAAUUGAGAGUUCUUUUUCUCUUCUUUUAGGUGGGAUCUUUUCUACUAGAUUUUCCCCCCCUUUUUUACCUUCUUUUUCUUGACACUGGAAGAUAUUAGGAAAAUAUUACUUGUAAUGGCCUUGAAUUUUUCGCAUCGACCCAUUUUCCCCCCAUAUCUUACGGAGGAGAAUUUGGUUUCUUCGGUGAACAUUUCGAGGGGUUUUGUUGUCGAUGGUGUUUCCGAGAGGAAUUCUGAUGUUUAUGGGACGUCCUGGCUGAUUAAUCGGGAGCUCGUGGAUUGCCUUAAUUUUUUAGAGGAUACCUGCGAUGGGGGUGGGUCGCGAGAUCGUGUCCGGGGGGAUGUUUUGGAUCUCUUGCCAUCAGAUCCGUUUGGUAUGGAUAUAAGUACCACUUUUACAGCGAUCACAGGCUUGCUUGAUGAUCUGAAUGUAGACUAUGGUGGUGGAUAUGGAAGAGAUGAGAGAGUCCCGGUUGAUGGGUGUUAUGAGCUUUUUGCUGGAUUGAACUACAUUUGGACCAAUGCUUUUAGGUUCCAAGCAUUUCCCCUUCGAAAUGAAGGAAUUCUUCCUAGUACUGGUCAGCUGGGGGGAUUCGACGUGUGGUCAGAUGAGAGAAAAGCAGGUGGUGCUUCCUGCCAUUCUGAUCUUGAAUUACCAUAUCUUGUGGAUAUAAUUCAGACUCUUGGUAUUGAACCUGAAUUUUCAGGAGAUGGAUUCAGUUCGUGGUCCGAUGGGAUGAAAGCAGGUGGUUUAUCCUGCCAUUCUGAUCCUGAAUCGCGAUAUGGUGUGGAUACAUUUCAGAGUCUUGGUAUUGAACGUAAAAUUUCUGGAGAUGGAUUCAGUUCGUGGUCUGAUGGGAUAAAAGUAGGUGGUUUAUCCUGCCAUUCUGAUCCUGAAUCACCAUAUCUUGUGGAUACAUUUCAGACCCUUGGUAUUGAACCUGAAAUUUCUGGAGAUGGAUUUAGUUCGUGGUCUGGUGGGAUAAAAGCAGGUGGUUUAUCCUGCCAUACUGAUCCUCAAUCAUCAUAUGUUGUUGAUACAAUUCAGACCUUUGGUAUUGAACCUGAAAUUUCUGGAGGGGGAUUCAAUGCGUGGUCUGAUGGAAGAAAAGCAGGUGCUGUAUCCUUCCAUACUGAUCCUCAAUCAUCAUAUGCUGUGGAUACAAUUCAGACUCUUGUUACCGAACCUGCAAUCUCUGGAGGGAGAUUUGGUGCGUGGUCUGAUGGGAUAGAAGUAGGUGGUUUAUCCUGCCUUGUUGAGCCUGAAACACCACCAUAUGUUGUGGAUACAUUUCAGACUCUCGGCAUUGAACCUGAAAUUUCUGGAGGGGGAUUCAGUGUGUGGUCUCAUAGGAGAAAAACAGGUCCUUUUUCCUGCCAUACUGAUCCUCAAUCAUCAUAUGUUGUGGAGGCAAUUAAGACUUUUACUAUAGAAUCUGAAAUUCCUGGAGGGGUAUUCGUUGAAUGGUCUGAUGGGAGACAAUCAGGUGCUGUAUCCUGUUUUACUGAUCCUGAAUCACCACCAUAUUUUGUGGAUACAUAUCAGACUCUUGGUACUGAACCUGAAACUUCUGGGUUGCAACCUGUAGUUCCUCAUGAGGAAGACCGUGUCUCUUCUGAUGAAAGUGGACCUCCUCAUGCAGCUUUAAAUUUUGUGCUUGGUUAUCUUGGCACGCGGGAACUACUUGUUGUUGAAUCAGUUUGCAAGUCCCUGCAGUCAACUGCGGAAGGGGACCCUUUCUUUUGGAAAAACAUUAACAUAUGUGGAAAGCUGGAUGUGAAAAUUACAGACGAUGUUCUCUUAAAAUUGACUAGCAAGGCUCAAGGUGGUCUGGAAAGUCUGAGCCUUGUAAACUGCGUAAUGAUAAGUGAUGAUGGUCUCAACGAGGUGCUUCUCAAGAAUCCUAAGGUCACAAAGUUAUGUGUUCCAGGAUGCACAAGACUCACCAUUGGAGGCAUUGUUGAUAAUUUGAAGGCCUUCAAGUCGAGAGGUGGACCAGGAAUAAAACAUUUAAGUAUAGCUGGAAUGUACGGUGUAACAGAAGUCCAUUAUAAAGAGUUGGAGAAACUGUUAGUUGGCAUUGAGAACUUAACUCACCCAAAUACUCCUCAGCCUCGAUUUUAUCGAGGAGGUGAACCACGUUUUCCAUCAAGCAAUGGUGGGCGUGUCAUUGACAUAGAAAGAUGCCCAAAAUGUAUGAAUAUGAGGAUCGUUUAUGACUGCCCCGUGGUUGGCUGCAAGGGAAUAAAAGAAGGUGACACCAACACUGAUGCCAACACGCCGAGAUGCAGGGCAUGCACCCUUUGUAUAGCACGGUGCAAUUGGUGUGGACGCUGCAUCGAUGAGACAGUACACGAGGAAACAUUUUGUCUGGACUUGCGUUGCAUUGAUUGUGGGAAGGAGAUAUCGAAAUGUGAAUAAGAGGGGGGAAGGCGAACUGGGUUCUUCCAUCCUUAGUCAAGAGAUUUCCAGCCUUGCUUCUUGGUUAAAUAUUAUAUGUGCAUGGUAAAAAUUUUCAGAUUAGUUCUCGCCAGAAACCCAGAACAGCCAAUGAUGGUAGGAUUGACUGGCAGUUUCAAUCCAAAUGUUGGAUUUUUUUUAGACUUUUGAAUGAAGCCAAAGAAAAAAGGAAAAAAAAAACAAAAAACAAAAAGCUCCAAGUAUCUGAAUUGGUGCCAUGGUUCUGGAAAUUACUCUCGAUUGUUGAAUUGGCGUCUCAACUCAGAAUGUUCAACCGUUGAUAAAAGUCUGGAGAGAAGGUGUCUUUUUCUGUAGGAUUUAGUUGUCUUUAUUCAUUACGUCCUGUUUCUGGUCAUUGUGGUGGUUCUUCAGUAUGUCAAGUAUUAUUAUAGUAGUUGAUAUUUGCGUCAGUUAUUAGUUCAUGUAUUCAUCUGUGUGCUUUGUUCCUUCCCUCUUUAAUUUCUAGCAACUCCUUGUGUUGGUGUUAGAACUUAGACGUCGUAUUUUUACUUUUAAUAUGUUGUGGGGAUCUUAGUGUCAUCUUGUUGGGGUGUUUCAAUAAUGAAAUGAAUGAAGUUGAACAUUCCUAUGAUCAA